GACGGAGGGCGUGUGUGUGGCGGCGGUGGUGUUCGUGGACCAGGUGCGCGUGUGCGUGUUUGCCGUGCGGCUGAGCAAAGGCUGAGGCGUUUGCUGGUGAUCUGCUGCUGCACAGGUGGUCCAACAACCGGCGUCAUGGUCGCAGGAGGCUCCGUGUACAGUGUGCAGAAGCAGCUGACCACUGCCGUGUUUUACGGCGUCUCAAGCAUCGCCAUCAUGAUGGUCAACAAGAUCGUCCUCACCCAAUAUGGCUUUCCCUCGGCCGAGGUCGUCGCAGUCUGCCAGAUGGUGUUCACCAUAAUUGCCCUCAGCUUUGCCAAAUUGUUUGGCUUGGUCUCGUAUCCCGACUUCUCUGGAAAAGUUUUCUGGCAGGUGUUUCCAUUGCCUCUCAUUUACUUGGGCAACCUCAUCUCUGGACUCGGUGGCACUCAGCUGAUCAGCCUCCCCAUGUUCACCUUGCUGCGCCGAUUCUCGAUUCUGAUGACCAUGUUGGCUGAGAAGUGGAUGCUUGGAGAUGAUCUCAGCUUUAACUUGGUGGGCUACAUGUACAUUUUGGUCAACGACCUGCUGACUGCCGUUAAUGGUGUUGUCAUCAAGAAAAAGCUCGAUUCCAAGGAGCUGGGCAGCUUUGGUCUGAUGUACUACAACUGCCUCUUCUCCCUGCCUUUUGCGGUUGCAACCGUCUUUCUUGAGCCCAGCAAGCUUGAGGCGACCCGGGCAUUUGAGUUUUGGCAUGACCCGAGCUUCAUGGCGUGCUUUUUAGCAUCGUGUGCCAUGGGGUUCUUGUUGACCUAUUCCAUCUUCAUUUGCACGCAAGUCAACUCGGCGCUCACGACGACGGUAGUAGGCUGUUUGAAGAACAUUUUGGUGGCAUAUUUGGGCAUGACGAUGGCUGACUACGUUUUCAGCUGGCUUAACUUUGCUGGCAUCAACCUGAGACUCUCUCAACUUGUUUCUCUCACCACGACAACUCUCUUAUUUGAAAACACAAAAACCUUCUCUCUCUCAAAGUUUCUCUCUCUCUCUAUCUAUCUCUUUUUUUUUCCCUCAAAGUGUAGCUGUCUAAUAAGUGUCGUCUUUCUCUGCAUGAAAGCGGCGAUAGCAGCUUCACAAGACGCGGAGUCCUUUGCCGGCUCAACCACGACGGCCAUGGAACCCAAUCCGUUGGCCACCGUGGGUGGUGGCACCAAACCUGCUGGCUGGACAGACCUUGAGAUGGCUCAAGCACGCUCAGUCACUCCAUUGUCCAAGGCUGGGGCACAGUCAAAUGGACACUCCACACUUUCUCGCACAGAUCGGCCAGCUGCCAUCGACCUCUCCAACAUGACCAUGACGCGGCCGAAGCAACGCUAUGUCAAUCUGGCAGAGCCUGGUCCUGGCAGCCUUGCAGACCCACAGUCCCGCCCAGCCCCCGUUCCGCAAGAUAGCUUUGAGAUGACCCAUCGCAGUCCCUCCAAUUUGACAGACUUGACCACUUCAUCUGAAGCCUCUUUACCUUUGACCCCCACUGAUAACCGCACGCCCCAGGUGGUCAUCAGUCAACCCUCCAUGGGUGGCGAUUAUGAGCGGCCCUUUGACAUGCCCAGUGCCCGUCGCUCGACCCGCGAGCCGGCGCCCCUCCCCAACACCGCAUCAUCACAUCGCAACACAGGCGUCAAGACCGCGGCCCAGACUCAACGACCCGCAAGUCCGUUUAGCGCACCAGCAACGCCGGCGCCAUACCCGGCGUCCUCCAUCAGUAACCCACCCGUGCGUACAUCCAUGACCGGUGGCAGUCGACGGCCCCUGCCUCCGCCGCAGGCAGCACCCGAGCGUACGGCCACUGGCGAUCGGCUGCACCGCCGCUCAGCCACCCCGUCGCAAUCAGCACUGAAUCGGGACCGCUCAAGCUCCGACCGUGGCAAGCGCCUUGUUGAUUGGUCGUGUGAAGAUGUCCAAACUUGGUUGACAGCUCUACUCGUGGAUGCCAACUGGCGCGCUUGCCUCGCCUCACUUGAUGGACAACGUCUAGCUGCAGUUUCCAAGGGGGGGCUGCAACAAGCAGGCAUUACCGACCUAAACACCAUUCACAGAAUCAUCCGGGGACGAGACGACAUGUUGGCUGUGCGCUAUCUCAACGACGAACAACGUGCCAAAAUGGAACAGUAUAAACAGUCAAAGCUUCAGGAGGCCGUCAAUAAUACCAACAAGAGAGCUACGCAGUCGCUUAAGGAAGACUUACAAAACCUUCUCUCCAGUCUCAACCUCAUGGAAUACAGCUCAAUUUUGGCUGCUGAAGGCAUUGAGGAUCUUGACACGCUGCGAGAAUAUUCCGAGCAGGAACUUCGCGAUCUUGGCUUCAAAGGCGGGCAUGCCAAAAAGCUGUUGGGCACGUUGGGCCGAAUGACCGCGGGCGGACUGGCCCCGCCGCUGAGUGACACCCGCACUGCACAAAACUCGCACGAGGAGCGCUUGGGCAACGUUGUACUGGCCAAAUACAAGCGCGAUGGUCGUCGACUUUGGGAGAUUCCGCGCCAUGACAUUGAAUUGGGUCGCCUUCUGGGGCAAGGCGCUUUUGGCAACGUCCAUUUUGCCACUGCCCGUCAUGUUGUGCCACUUGAGGAGUCAACCAAAGUGGCCGUCAAGACUUUGAAUCGGGAUGCUGACGCAUUGGACAAGGAAGACUUUUUGGAGGAGAUUCGCGUUAUGCAACAGUUUGACGAGCACCCCAAUGUCGUCCGCCUACUUGGCAUUUGCACCUUGGACGAGCCCAUGAUGCUUUUGGUGGAAUACAUGCCAGAUGGCAACAUGCGCGACUUUUUGCGCGAGGCAAGGCCCAAAACCCCUGGCGCUGCGGCUAGCGUCACAUCAACACAAAUGUUGGGAUUUUUAAAGGACGUGGCUGCUGGUAUGGCCUACAUUGCUGGAAAGCGAUUUGUGCAUCGUGACCUGGCUGCACGCAACGUGCUCCUGCACAUGCAGCGCAACCGAGCAGCCAUUGCGGAUUUCGGGCUCUCUCGUUACAUGAACGAGGAGUAUUCAUAUUUGGUACAACAUCGGAAACGCAAGUUGCCGGCGAAAUGGAUGGCCCCCGAGUGUCUGGACUGUGCAGCCUUCACCACGCAGAGCGAUGUGUGGGCCUACGGCAUUGUUAUCUGGGAGACCGUUCUCAUGGGCGCCAUCCCAUACCCCAGCAUUAGCACAGCUGACCUGUUUCCCCUUCUCAUGGAGCAGAACUACCGCAUGCCCAAGCCAGCCAGCUGCUCUGAGGAGCUCUAUCAAGUGAUGCGCAAGUGUUGGUUGCAGGAUCCUGCUGCGCGGCCUGACUUUCAGACGCUGGAGGCGCAGAUGGCCACCCUCAUCGCCUCGCCAACCAAACACAUUGACGACGGUGUCGAAGAGCCCGUCCUACGUGCCCUUCCCACCCAAGCCGAAGACAAUGCAGCGAUGGAUGCCACGAAGGAGUUGACCCGCGCCUAUCAGAAUUGGCCCCUCCAUCCGCCUGCCGCCCUCGAAUCGCCGCCGCGGAGACAGCGUCGAGCAUACGAGUUUAACACGCCAACUAACUUUGUGGUCCACGAACGGGGUCAGUCAUCCACGGCCCCAGACUCGGGCUCGGCUCUAUCGAGCAGCAGCGAGGUACCACCCGACCCCGCUACCGUUGAGGCUGGUCGUGUGCUGGGCGAGGAGCUAGACAUUAUCGCCGCCCGUGAUGACGAGGACGAGAAUGCGCACCUGGCGCGCCGAUUCUCCUCCGUGUCUGGCGGCCGCUCCAUCAAUACCCUUCAUCGGCUACGCUCUCGUGACGUUGCUGCGCCAACCAGUGCACCGGAAUCUCAGGCAGUGCCUGACUCAGGUGCUGCGGAGGACGAGGGUGAUCCUUACGCAUACCAUGUACCUAGUAACAGGCCGGUGGCUUUUGAAGAAGACGAAUCAGAUGAAGAGGGCCUUAAUACUGCAGCCACUGCAGCACCCGAUGUCUCCCAUGUCGAGCCUCGUCCGCCGCUGCUCCGGCGACCAGCUAAGAGGGAAAGCGUUGCGUUGCCCGUGCAUGUACUGCCCGGCAAAGACGAUGCCAGCUCUAGCAUUUCGCCCGGUCUCAUGAAUACAUCGGAACGAUCAGAUGCCUUUUUCACCCCAGCCUCGACUGUACGAUCGACGCAACCCACCCCAGGCCCGAGCACCACAGCGAGCAGCACCGGGCCGGCGCGUAGUACAGGCUAUGUUUUCCACACACCAACCAACCGACCAGUGGAGCAAAACCUCAACCAAACUGUCGAGAGUGCCGUCAAUGCCAACGACAGUCGAGCCGAGCGAGCGAGUGCCUCGGGUUCCGUGGAUGGAAACAGCCACACCUAUCAGAAUGUAGAGCCGGCGCAGGCGCCAGAGACGCGGGAGGUGCGGGCGACUGGUCACUCUGACCAUGCCUAUCAGAAUGUUAUGCCAGCGACCAGCGGCGCUGUUCCACGCCCUGCACUUCAGAUCAAUCUCACGGCCGAGGACGAAGCCAGCUUUGCUGAGCUAGGCCAGCUCUUUGGCGCACAGAUGGAAGAAUCUACAACGGAUCCCACGGUCCAUCUCACACUCGAUGAUGGCAGCGCACAACUAGAGUCGCACACGGAUGAUCUGGUCUUGGAUCUGGAUGCCGUGGUUGAUGCCGAAUACGACCUAUCCGACUCGUUAGCUGCUUUGCCGCCCAUGCCUGCACCUGCUGCCACAAUGACUGCCCAAUCGGCGAUGCCAGCAACCGAGUAUGGUACUCCGGUGUUGCCAGACAUGCGGCCUCGCAGCGGGACUACGGCCGACGAAGCCAAGACCAUGGGCAUUUACGAAGAGGUCGAGGCUGUUUAUCCAAACCAUGCCUUGCGCAAGUCUCACUCAGCACCGCCCGCGCCACUCAAUCGGCCCGAGCCCAACGAUGAGGUUUUAAUGUACGGCACGGUCGGCGAACCGAGUCAAGGCGAGGUUCUAAUGUAUGGCACGGUCGGUGAACCAGAGGCGGACGAGCAAUUAAUAUACGCUUCCGUCGAAGAGCAACCACGGGCCAUGUCCAUGGAUAUGGGUGUCUAUGGCACAGUCACUGACCAAGCGUCGCCAGCGAUAGCAACUGAUGGCGCCUAUGGCGCACCCACCAUGCUCAACCCGGGUGUAGGCACUUCGUCGGCGUCUUCUCACCCAGAUGCUCUCGACAUGCUGUACGCGACCACCGCCUCAGUCUCCCCCGAAAGGCCAAAAUCAACCUUGACAGAACAAGAUGAGACUGAUGGCUACAUUGAAACAAGAGGCGAAGAUGCCGAGCUUGAGCCGUAUCUGGAAGUCGGUGGCGCGGCCUCUCAAACCACUUCAACUGCUCCUGCCGCUGAUCCCAAACCACGGGCGAACGAUGAGGAGAAGGAUGCCCAAGCGGUGGAUCUCGACCUGCUUGCGCCCGCCUCGGCCCACACGGCCAAAAGCGCCAGCAGCUCGCGACCUCGCUCAAUGGAUCUUGAGAUCGACGACAGCUUCGAGGCCAACAUGGUACCAAGUCAUUUGCAAGAUGAAUUUCCCACCUGCCCCUCCGAUUUGCUGGGUGCCGUGGCCAGCUCGGCAACUGACAUGUCCUCGGCGCGCCAAGCCCUACAAAGCAUGGGGUUUUCCCGAAGGUCCACGCAAGCUAUGCCUCCGCCACAGACUGCGCCACCAGCACCCCCGCUGCCAGGAUCGCAGCAGCGUGAAACCCGCUUUGGUUCAACCGAAAUUCUGGGAAAGGCGUUGGGUGCCCCAGGGACGACUCGUGUUGACAGCCUGUGCGUGCCCGGUGCCUUAGCCGCCCAAUCAAAAUCAAAAAUCGAGCAGAAACGGAUCCUGCUAGCCUUGCGCAAGGAGUUCCCACAGAUCCCGCUGCCCCUGAUGCAAAGCCUUUUGGAAAGUGUCAACUACGAUGCCGACCUUGCGCGGCCCGUGUUUGCCGAUGUCAACGCUUCAUCCUCCUCGAAGCAGAGCACCACUCGAGUUCAGUCCAAACCAAGCAACCCAGAAUCCAAACCUCAGCUUAAAGCAUCUGCUACAACCAAACCCGUACAGGCGCCCACACACAUCCCUCCAUGGAAAAAGUACAGUGCUCAACCGAAGGCUUCUGGCCUCAACAAUGCGCCUGUUCAGUGGAGCGGCACUUUUUCUAUUCCAGCCAUUGCUACAUCGUCGGCUCCCUCCAGUCCUGACACAACGCGUGCCCGAGCCACGGCAUCCACCGAACGUGCUCCACCGACAACAGGCAAGACAUUGCCUGUCACCGGGCAAAAUCCUGUGCAGCGCCCAUCAUCUUCUUCGAAAAAUUCGACCCGCUCGACGAAACAAACGCAGGCCGUUGGUGCGCGUGCCCAGCGACACGAGCCUCUUAGUGGGCACGAGCGUCGCAGUGGUUUGACGGGUACUGCACAGGGGCCUGAUCCAAGCCUCACCGACGGACCCAACCCAGCCCAUCGCCGCAUGCGACAUGCCAAGUUCGUUCUGAACAUAAUGGAUCAUCAAUUGAGUUUCUGCACUACGCACCAAAAGAUGCCGCUAUGGCAACACAGCAAGCCGCCUUUGCCGAAUGCAGCGUCGCUGGGCUACGAUUGUGCCUUGCACUACGUGGAUACCCCAUCAAACCAGAUUAAGUUCGCAUCGAUGCCAUCGAAGCAACUCUAUCGUGCAGUUCAGGAUGAGUUUAUGAGGGGGGCUCAUAACGCACGCACCAGCAUCGUCGGCAGAGGAUAG